GCACAUCUACUGCAGUUACUUCGCCUAACACUGGAUGGCGCCAUGCUGGUCCGACACGCGAAUGUAUGUCGUAGGAAAACACAGAUUACAUUUCACUAGUUCCGCAAAGAGAAAACAGGCAAUGCAGCGCAACAUCUGACAUCAACCAGCGAGCAACUGUGCAGCUAGCGUAACCCAAAAUCUGGCUCAUCUUCGCCCGUGUCAACGCGAGCAGCGGGACGACGCCUUGACACAAGAUAUGAGGAGAGGGUGAAUGAGCUGACUGGUAGAAAGCUCACCUGUUUGUGCUGUGGUGGUGGUGAUGAUGGAGAACAUCGAGGAGCUCUCGCCCCUUCGCAUCACCCCUACAGUCCGGGCUCUGAGCUCCGCGCUGCGGGGGAAGCGUGAAGAUGUCCACGGUUCCAGCCGUGUAAACGGUGACAGGGUAUUCCCUGAACCGGAGAAGCUCUGGUUUAAGGAGAGCAGCGCUAAAAAUCUACGAAACAGGGACUUCUUGUCGCCGACCACGAUGCUUAACACGCUGUACGCGGACGGACAGGUCCCUCCAGCAGUGAUGUCCAGAGUGCUGUCCCUUCGUGGUAGUGGGGUUCUCCCUGUGGCUGGUGGGGAGGUGAUGGGUGAAGGUCUAAGGGUACGGGUGGAUCGGGCUGCCACAUUCAGGGCCGUUCUGGGGGGCGGAGCUGCAGAGUACCUGAAGCCCUUGAGUCAGAGGCAGGGCUGUGUGGUGCUCAACUGCCCCGCACUGCACCCUAAGCCCAACACACCCAGUCCUGACACAAUGAGUUUAGGCCAGCUGAGGACUGUUCUUCUGGCUGACCACAUGGGGGCACUGCUGAGAAGACAGGGAUAUGCCGUGUCCUUCUGCCCCACACUUCCUGAAGACAGCGACAUCAUCAGUUUCCUCCGAGCUCUGGGAAUCGAUUGGCCGACAGCCCCGGCUAAUUGGACGAAUGAAGAGCGGGAGGAGAAGAUUCAGGACUCGCUAGAGAAGUCUCAAUACAGAGAGAGGGAAAUGGAGAGAGGCAGGAGAACUAGCGGAGGGGGAGGGAGGAAAGCAGAGGAGGGAGAGAACGAAGGAGCGCUCAGGAUCAACCUGAAGCGAGUUUUUCAAGAGGAGGGGCUGCCGGGAUACGACCCCAGCCUUGGCACCUGCACGGUUAACAGAGACGGCGUUUCCCAAUUGGCACAACUGGACCUAUCCACAGCUGACUGCACAGCAGCCAUGGUAACAGCGUUACAUGUGACUUCCUGUCAAGAUGAGUUCCGCCAGCAGCAGAUAGCAAUGCUGUGGAGAGCCAGCGGAGCCAAACACACACAGAGGCAUCUUGUUUGUGGGCCUGUGAAGACUCCUGGUUCACACCUGACUGCUGCACAGUACUUGCAGUUGAGAAGAGGUCAGAUGAAAGAGGCCUCUGAGAUGAAGUAUGGAGAUCAAGUAGAAGGUCAGACGUGGGAUGACAUCAUCAAGGUCAUGACCUCUGCUACAGUCAGAUUCGAGCUGCUGUCGACUGUCCACACUAGUCCUGUGACGCUGGACGUCAAGAGGGAAGGCGGUGUGUCGACCAAGGGGCCCAGAGGAGGAGUGUUUGUGAUGUAUAACUGCGCCCGAUUGCACACUCUGUUCGACAGCUAUGAGAGAGGAGUGGAGAAAGGUCUUUACCCAGAAAUCCCAGAGGACUCCCAGCUGGACUUCUCUGCUCUGAAAGAAGAGGGUGAAUGGCUCCUCCUGUUCAAUUACCUCAUUCCAUUCUCGGAGCUGCUUGAACAAUUGGGACAGGCACUGGAUAGCGAAGGGGGUGGAGCCAGAGUGAACAUAAAAACUGAACAGAUCUGUAAAUUUCUCGUGUCGCUCAGUAAAGACUUUAGCUCCUACUACAACCGGGUCCACGUGCUGGGGGAGCCACUGUCUCAUCUCUUCAACCAAAUGUUUUGUCGUUUGUAUCUGCUGAGAGCAUUGAGAGAGCUCUACCACAGCGCUCUGGACACCCUUAACCUUCCCCCCAUCAGGCAACUAUAGCCCCGACAUAAUUCGCCCACCCUUCACUGUUGGCUCUACCUCCCUGCCUUCCCUACACACACACACCAUAUCCAUGUGUAUUGUGUGUGUCUAGCUGACAUCUUUUUUGGCAAUAUUAAAACAAAUUAUGACAUUUCACAUGCCCACUGUCCCGCUUCUGCAUUUCCCUGUCAGUGUAUUGUGACAUAUUCUAACUGUCUGGUUAUUUCAAUGAAUAGUGUAACUACAGUAUAUAAAGUGAACCCUGUUCCGUUUUUUCUGGGCUGAAAGAUUUUCUUGGAAAAUUUGAGCUGCUUGUAUGCUGUAAAAGAAAUAUUUUGACAUUUGGGUUGCUGCUUAUUUGCUUUCUUACUGACUGAUGAGAAAUUCUUCCUUGUCUCAAGCUGUGUGCUUUUGUACUUAGAAUCUAUUCACACACUUACAAAUACAGCUACAGAAGUGCUGCGUAAUUACCUGUCAGCAAUUCAGCUGUGUCGGUCUUUGGUACAUAGAAAAAGGGGCGAUGCCACUAACCAGCAGUCAUUCACAGCGAUGGCAUGCCAAUUGCUAGUUAGCCAGCAGCGGCAGCUUUUUCUCUGAUGAAUAUGGUUUGGUAUUUCUUGGAGUUUAUGCCUGUUACAGUAUCAUUUUCACUAUUAGAAAUUUUGGCAAUAUAUGUGCGGUCAGAAGCUUGCAAAACAUAGCUGCUAGCAGUUCAUGUUCUUUAACAUAAAAUGCAUAACUUGCCGUUUUUGAUUUGAGACUUAGCCAGUUAAAUUCACUUUACAAUACACACUACACUACACUAAACAAGUACUUAAGGUAUAUAGUAUACUACACUAUGAUAUACAUAAUAUGCUACGCAAGACAUAUUGCUUGACACCCUUUGGAUGUAUAGAAAUUUGAAGCUAUUAUAGCUAGUUAGCUUUCCACAGCUAGUUAGUUAGCUAAUUAGCUUAACACGAGUGAGAAAAGAGCGAGCCUGGCUCUAAAUCAAGAUAACAAAGUCCAUCUAUGAAUUUUUAAAGUGUCCUAAUUGGAACAUUAUAACUUGUUUGUUUCAGUACAAAAACUUGGCAUUAAACUCAGUAUUUGGAAGGGGUUGGAUGGUUUCCUGGAAACCUCCAGUUGCCUGGAGACACGAGUAAGCUACUCGUGAUGUUGGGGUUUUUUUUGUUUGUUUGUUGUUUAUUUUAACUCUCAAUGAGAAAGCAAGUAAGCACAUUUUCCCAUAUUGUCAGAAUCUUUCCUUUAAUUUUGGUUUUGUUACUACAUAAUGGAGAAAAUGUCUUUCCCUUAAGCACAGCAGGCGUCAGGAUCUAAAUCGGUUAGAUUGGCAGAGCUGGGAUGCCCUUUUGAAUCCGCUAACCAUAAAUUAAAUGUAUUUGUCCUUUUUACAUAAUAAUCCCCAAAUCUGAACUAGCCGGUAGCUUUAUUUUAUAUUUGGUGCCAAGUUAUAAUUAAGGUGUUUGUCUCAAAUGAUCUGUAUUAAGACUUGCCUUAUUACUUAUUACCCGUCUACUCAAUGUCACCAACAACAGUUAAAUCCUCUUUAGAACACAUGUAAGUGUUUAGUCACUGCUUAAAGGAAGAAAAACAACUUUUAUGAGUCUUGUCCAAGUGUUAAAGGUCCCCAUUCAUGGAAAUCUACCACCUUGUAUUUAUUAACACUUAGAAAUAUUUAUUGUCAUAAAAAAUAGAGAGAAAUGUACAGAAUAUAUAUUCUUCAUCUGAGUCUUAAUCACUGUGUUCACAUGAUUAUUAUCCUGCUUGACAAAUCACAGAUGUUACUAUAAAACAGCUGUUUCGGACAGUUAUGGACAAACAUAAUGCAUCGUGUCACAAUCUUAGGACAUGCAUGAAAUGGCAUGAUAACAAUAUGUAUGACUUUUAUGCCAAAAAUGCUAUUUGUAAAUUUUGGGAGUGAAAUGAUAAUGAUCGAACAUUGAUCCCUCAGUUUUUGUUGUUUGUGACCAAAAAAUGUGCCAUAGCAUUUUUUUUUUUAAUUCUAUGAUAGUACAGUCGAGUGUCAUUGAUCACAAAUAUCUGACAGAUUUACUUUUCACUGCAUGAAAUGUUGUUUGACUCUGUAAAUGUAUGAUUUAAAAAAAGCAAACUUUUUUCCGUUAGUUUUAUAUUUUCUUUAGAAAAGGGAAUGAGACGUUUACAAUGUGUUGUUUUUAUUUUAGUAGCUGUCCUGUUAGCUGCUGCUGUAAUUACCACAGUAUUAAAACAGAGGAUCUGCA